GGCGGGGCUUCGGCGGCAGCAGAGCGGGCAUGGCGGUGGCGGCGCUGGCGCGGGGGGCGCUCCGGCGAGGGCUGCUUGGACGGCUGCAGCAGCCGAGGGCGUUUGUGGCCACCCAAGGGCCCCCUGACGGGGAGGUGGAGAAGGCCCAGCGAGCGGCCGAGGGGCCUGGCCCCACCAUCUUCAGCAAGAUCCUGGAUGGCUCCAUCCCAGCCGACAUCAUCUACAAGGACGACCAGUGCGUGGCCUUCCGAGACGUGGCCCCCCAGGCUCCGGUGCACUUCCUGGUGAUCCCCCGGCGCCCCAUCCCCCGCAUUAGCCGCGUGGCAGAGAGCGAUGCCCAGCUCCUGGGCCACCUGCUGCUGGUGGCCAGUCGGAUGGCGAAGGCCGAGGGCCUGGAGGACGGCUACCGAGUGGUGAUCAACGACGGGAAGCAGGGGUCCCAGUCUGUCUACCACCUCCACCUCCACGUGCUGGGCGGGCGUCAGAUGGGCUGGCCCCCCGGCUGAGCCCUCAGGGAGCGACCCUGGAAUAAACACAACAGCAGCCGUGGGA